AUGAAAGCCUUCUGCGCCAUUCUUAUCGCCCUCUUUGCCCUCCUUAACCUCUGCCUCGCAGAACAGCGCCCAGACCGCUUCCCCGAUCAGAAGCAGGUCGACAAAGACAACUACGAGGCCGUAACCCUAGCCGCAGCCCAAAAGGGUGUCCAGCUCGAGCACGGCAAACGCUACGCCUUCCGCGAGAAAUGGGCCCCCGUCUACGGCGAAUACAUGUGUCUGCCGGACUACUCGCACGUGCGGCUCAUCGUUGGCCAGUUCUUCAACUCUCCUACGCGCUCCGGGCGCCAGGGUUUCGACGCCAAAGCCUUCGAGAUGAUCAGCGACGAGGCAGAAACGAGGCUCGGGCAGACACCCGUGGGUGGAAAGGUACAGUCUCAGGUGGACGGGCGCUGGUGGGCGAACCACUAUUUCAACUACAAAAAGGGGGAAUGGGUGCACACGAGCAAGGACAAUAAGUAUGAGUACCUCGGGGAAACGUCGUCGACGGAUGCGUAUAUCGAGAACAAAGGUAUAUCAAUGCACAGUCUCUUAUUUGGCUUUCUGUAUGGUGUCUGA